CUCACCUCCAACCCUUUCUCUUCCUUCUCCCUCUCCACCUCCUCCUUCUCUCCGUCCAACUGCUCCAGCUCUCCGUUGCCCUCCUCCCCUCCCUAUAACUUCUACGCUGUGCUGCUGGUGCUGCUCAUCUUCUGUGUGGUGUUCGGCAACGUGCUAGUUUGUGUGGCGGUGUCGCGCGAGCGCUCCCUCCAGACUACCACCAACUACCUCAUUGUCUCCCUGGCCGUGUCCGACCUGCUGCUGGCCACCCUGGUCAUGCCCUGGGGCGUCUACCUGGAGGUGGUAGGGGAGUGGCGCUUCAGUCUCAUCCACUGUGACAUCCUCCUGACCCUGGACGUCAUGAUGUGUACUGCCAGCAUCCUCAACCUCUGUGCCAUCAGCAUCGACAGGUACAUGGCGGUGGCGAUGCCCAUGCUGUAUAACACCAGAUACAGCUCCAGGAGGCAGGUGGCUCUGAUGAUUGCUGUUGUGUUCCUCUCCUUCGCCAUCUCCAGCCCUCUGCUGUUUGGACUCAACAACACAGCCAGUCGGGAGGAGACCAAGUGUGCMUUCGCUGAUCCGUCCUUUGUGGUCUACUCAUCCGUGGCCUCCUUCUACGUUCCUUUCAUCGUGACCCUGCUGGUGUACGCCCAGAUCUGUGUGGUGCUGCGGAGGCGGGGCCGGCGCACCGUGCCCCGCAGACACGGCCUGUACCCACAGGGAGGAGGCAAGACGGGGGAGGGCCACAGGCACAGGAAGAAUAAGUGUACCCUCCCUGAGGAUGUGAAGUUGUGCACUCUGAUCACGAGGCCCCCCACCACCGCCCCCCAACGCAAGAAAGUGAUGUUAGUGAAGGAGGCGGUGGUGCACCCCCUGGAGGAGGAGCUGGUGGGGCGUGGUUUCCUGUCCCAGUUAGACCAAAGCCUCCCCCCGUCUCACCCUCCUCCCCCCCCUCACCCCUCCGGACGAGCCACCAAGAUCUCCCUUUCUAUCUCGGUGGUACCCGCGCCGUUCCCGUCACCGUCGGUGGCAGCACGCUCCACCCUCGUACCCCGCGGUGCCACCUUCGAGGACGGCAUGAGUGGCCGCGAGCGAUGGAGGGAGCGCAAUACAGACAGGGAGAAGGGAGCGAUGGCGAAAGAGAGGGUGAAAGGGACUCUGUCGCAGCAGAAGGAGAGGAAGGCGACCCAGAUGCUGGCUAUCGUGCUAGGUGUGUUCAUCAUCUGCUGGCUACCCUUCUUCCUGACCCACGUGCUGAAGGCCCACUGUGGCAGCUGCUGUAUCUCCCCCUCCCUGUACAGUGCUGUCACCUGGCUGGGCUACCUCAACAGUGCCGUCAACCCCGUCAUCUACACCACCUUCAACAUCGAGUUCCGCAAGGCCUUCAUCAAGAUCCUAAAUUGCUGAGUACAGGGAAGAAGGGGGGGGGAGGGGGGAGAAAGGACAAGUGUGAAAAGUGUUUGAGUAGUGGAGAGAGGCAAAAAAGGUCAGAGACUAGAAAUAAAACUAAAGAAGGGAAAGAGAGGGGUGAAAACAAAGGCAAGGAGGGAAUGGAAGGAGAGAUGGAGGGGAAGAGGGGUACAGAGAGUGAGGCGACAGAACUUUAAAAAAAAAUAAUCUGAGAGGUCAAACAGAAGAGCAAGUGAAACAAGACAGAUAUACCAAAUCAAAACAGACUUGGGAAUUAUAAAGAGAUUAUGUACACUUCUGUAAAUCUAAAACAUGGCAGGAAGAGAGUGAUAUUCUGAAGGUUCUAUGGGAAGAGAUGGGGUAGGGCACAAACAGUGGCAGAAUACCCCUCUAAAGUAUACUGUCAAAGCGACUGCAGACAUUGCAAUUUAAUUAACGGAGUAAAAAAAGGACAGAGGUAAUCUUUUUAAGGAGAUACACAAUCAAUCUGCACAAUUGUUCUCCAAUAGCAGUCUUGUUGUGUCGUCCCAGUGUAAACAAGCCUGUAAGAGAUGUAUUAUAUUAAGAACAUGUUGGUGAAGGUGUGAUAUGAUGCAAUAUGAUGAGUGACUCAUCAAGGUUUGUUCAUGAAGUAUAUGUAUAUAUUGUUGUUUAGAGUUAA